AUGUAUUUCUGGAUUGGUCUGACUGACUCAGAGAAGGAAGGGAUCUGGAAAUGGGUGGAUGGAACAACACCAACCACAACACAGUGAGUGAAAUGCAGAGUAACAUAUCAAUUACAAUGCAGCAGGCACAGUAACCAAUGAUCACUAGUUUUUCCUCCUGGGUUGACUGUUAACUGAACUGGUUGGUUCUUAGAUUCUGGAGAGAAGGAGAGCCAAAUAAUGCCCAGGGGGGUGAGAACUGUGCAGUCUUCAACAGCUUCAGCGAUAACCUGGGAAAUAUACAAUCAUGGAAUGACCAGCCUUGCUCAUUGCUUAUCCAUUGGGUAUGCAACUACACACCUAAAGUGUCCUCCUAAUAGGCCUACACAUCAUGAUGGCAUCUGCCCACAGGAGAAAUACUGAAUUCCAAAAACUAAGCAGUGCAUCUCCUACAAGUUGAUGCUGACAAGGCCUGCCAGGAAAACGGAUGACCCAUAACACAUGUAAAAAAGGCCCACUAAUUAGCUAACGAUUAAAAUUAAUGAAAGUUAAAAUUGAAUCUACGUCAGACGUUAAUUCUUCAAGUCGGCUGUUUUGGCAUGUGUUUUGGAUAAUCUGAAUACCCUUUUGAAUUUGCAAUUGCGUUUAGAUUUGCUCUUACAUUAAGGUUAAUCCUUCCUGCAUUUCAGUAGUAGCACAUAUUGCUGUCACGACCUCCUCCGAAGCUGCCUCCUCUCCUUGUUCGGGCAGGCUUCGGCGUUCGUCGUCACCGGCCUUCUAGCCACUGCCGCUCCUCAUAUCUUCAUUCCAUUUGUUUUGUCUUGUUUAUUACACACACCUGGUUCAUAUCCCCUCAUCAGUACCUGUACAAGUGUUCCAUCUGCCCCCUGGUCUUUGUGUGUGAUUGUUUAUUGUAGAGGAGAUUAUAGCUCGGUGGAUCUUGAUUCUAUUGUGUAUUGCUGGGUUAUUCACCCGUCUGCCUUUAUUUCCCAAGUGCGCCGUUUGUCCGCACUGGUGUGUAUUACGCAUUGCUGCGUACCUCUGUUUAUUGAUUAAACCAUUUAUUCCGUGAUUUCCUCUCCUGCGUCUGACGCCGUCCAACAUCACCCGCUACAAUUGCAGAAUAAAUUAAUAAAACUCUUUGCAAAACAUUCCAGUUAACUAUGACUAACAUGCUCCCUCUACUGCCUAGAAAGGCAUAUAGAAGGUCAUAGUGCAGAACAUUACAGUAUUAGGUAGAAUUACUUAAGAUUGCUUAAGAGAAUUGAUUGCGUUGUAAUAUGAGAAUGCAAGUAACCUGAAAGCUGAUGCGACAUGUAGGUUCAGUCAUAAUCUAACCAUCCAACAGUGGCUUCAACUGUGAACAAGACAGCUGCUUUAAACUGAUAAUUUCUUUGUCAGAUGGAAUGAUUUUACAAAUAAACAUUUUGGAAGCUAAGAGAUCAGCCAUCUUUGAAUUUAUUGUAUCGUGCACACUGACAAAAGUAUUGAUAAUUUUAGCUUUUUCAUGUGCUUUUUUAGAAAUCUGGGUUGUGUUGUCAAAAUAGAAAACACUCAUGCUCAAUAUUUUUUAUAUAAUAAUGUCACUUAAUCAAAUUACGAUAUUCUAUCAAUAACUAUAAUUAUGUGAACCAGAGCUUGGUCAGCGACCUAGCCACUGACCAUUCUUGACCAUUUUCCCUAUGGAUCCCAGGCUUGAGCCAAUCUAUUUGUGUGGCUAUUUUGAAUACAAUAUAGAAAUUGUCCAGUAUUUUAUUCACCUCAAUUGAACAAAAUACAAUUAUGUUUUUUUACAUGAAUAUUGGUGAAAAUAAUCCUUCUCUCUCCUCUCUCUCUCUCCUCUCUCUCUCCUCUCUCUCUGUCUCUGUCUCUGUCUCUCUCUCUCUCUCUCUCUCUACAUAAUAGAGUGCAUACACACUUUGUUCACCUCCUUUCAUUUGGACUGUGGAACUGAAUCAUUCAGAGCAUCAGGUUGAGACAGGAGACAUACUAGGGAGAGAGACGACGAGGACUAUAGACUACACAGUAUACAUUAUACACCAGUUGUAUCAUUGAGUAUGGAGAUAGAAGAGGGCCAAUUUAUGCACAAUGUAGAGGAGGGUCAGUGUUGAAAGGGCUAUUGAUGAUCUGGCUGCAGGAUAUGAGGACUUUACACCAGAGUCCAACAAAGGCUGGAACAAGUAAGUGUGUUUACAGAUUCUUACACACAUCUAUUUUUUCAUUAAAGUUACUUUGCAGUACCACUCCAACGUAAAGGUAUUAAUACCUAAGAGUGAGGAUGAAAGCUCAGAUCCAGACACUCCCCGAAUAUUCUCCACAUGGGCCAAAUAGCAUUUAAAUCAGUUAGGAGAAAGGUCCCCCUUGUUGUGCACAUGUCUCAUCCGAUUCAGCUGGGGAAUCAACUUAAAAUACAAAUCCAGAGUGGUCCGAAAUCUAAUUCACAUAUUAACGGUGCGACAGUACUUUAUUGUCCCACAGCGGUCAUAGAGCUGAGGGGAUAGCAGAUGUAAACAGUCGGCCUUAGGGGCAAAGUAGCUUUAAAAUAAGUACUCUGGCUACAAUAUCAAUAUAAAUAAGUUUAUUAUCAUCCUUAAUGAGAAACAGUGAGGCAAUUAGUGGAAAGGGACGUAAUUUUUGGAGGGACUUUUUAAAUGUUUAUAUGUAAUUUGUAUAGAAAUGAGAGUAGAGGAGGACAGAAAUACAUUUUACCCAACUUUCUGUCCUGAUGGGGUUGAAGACCAAAAGACUCAGCUCCUCUUGGUAUAAGAGCAUUGGUUUGUGAGGUUUAUGUAACCACUUGUUUCUCUACAUCUGCAGGACUGAAGUGUGGGAAUCAGAACUCUCCUCCUUGGAGGCUGGCUACAGUUUCUCUGGGCCUGCUGUGUGUUCUCUUACUGAUCACAGUCAUAAGCCUCUCUGUGCACUGUGAGUAUUCAACGCACAUGUUUGCCUGCAUGUGUAUUUAUGUGUGUGUUUGUGAAUGUUUGUGCAUGUGUGUGCAUGUGUAUGCAAGAACGAGUGAGACAAAAAAAGAUUGUUGGUGUGCGCUCUCUUCUCUUUUCAAUCACAGAUGAAGAACCCUACAAUGAUAUAACUGUCCAGACUCCAGACUUCAUACAACAACCUGACUGAGGAGAAACUCCAGUUGCAGAGAACAGUUUCAGAGCAGGAGAAGAAGAUAUCAGAGCUUGGUAAGUAUGCUGUUAUAAGAAAGUGAAUGUAGGGGAUUGAGUAUGAUAUAAUGAUCAAUUUCAAUUGUUCUGUAUUAUAUAAAUAUAGAAUAUAAUAAUUGGUUGUAUACCUGAAUUAGCUGUACUCAUUCUCUUUCUAUAGGACCCUGUCCUGAUGGUUGGAGGAGAAUCAGAUGUAGCUGUUAUGACUUCUCUAAUAACAGUAAAACUUGGAGUGAGAGCAGACAAGACUGCAGAGAGAGAGGAGCAGACCUGGUGAUCAUAAACAGCAGAGAGGAACAGUUGUGUAUGUGGGUGUGUGAGAGAGAGAGAGAGAGAGAGAGAGAGAGAGAGAGGAGAGAGGAGAGAGAGAGAGAGAGAGAGAGAGAGAGAGGAGAGAGAGAGAGAGGGAGAGAGAGGAGAGAGAGAGGACUAAACUUACCGCUUUGUGGUAUGCAGAAGUUGCUAAACAAAUUGGGGGGGGGGGGGGGGGGGAAAUGCAUUUCUGGAUUGGUCUAACUGACUCAGAGAAGGAAGGGAUCUGGAAAUGGGUGGAUGAAACAACACGAACCACAACACAGUAUGUGAAAUGCAGAGUAACAUAUCAAUUACAAUGCAGCAGGCACAGUAACCAAUAAUCACUUGUUUUUCCUCCUGGGUUGACUGUUAACUGAGCUGGUUGGUUCUUAGGUUCUGGAGAGAAGGAGAGCCAAAUAAUGCCCAGGGGGGUGAGAACUGUGCAGUCUUCAACAGCUUCAGCGAUAACCUGGGAAAUAUACAAUCAUGGAAUGACCAGCCUUGCUCAUUGCUUAUCCAUUGGGUAUGCAACUACACACCUAAAGUGUCCUCCUAAUAGGCCUACACAUCAUGAUGGCAUCUGCCCACAGGAGAAAUACUGAAUUCCAUUGCAAAAAAAACUAAGCAGUGCAUCUCCUACAAGUUGAUGCUGACAAGGCCUGCCAGGAAAACGGAUGACCCAUAACACAUGUAAAAAAGGCCCAGUAAUUAGCUAACAAUUAAAAUUAAUGAAAGUUAAAAUUGAAUCGCCAAUUUGUAAGUCGCUCUGGAUAAGAGCGUCUGCUAAAUGACGAAAAUGUAAAUGUAAAUCUACGUCAGUCGUUAAUUCUUCAAGUCGGCUGUUUUGGCAUGUGUUUUGGAUAAUCUGAAUACCCUUUUGAAUUUGCAAUUACGUUUAGAUUUGCUCUGACAUUAAGGUUAAUCCUUCCUGCAUUUCAGUAGUAGCACAUAUUGCUGUCACGACUUCCUCCGAAGCUGCCUCCUCUCCUUGUUCGGCCAGGCUUCGGCGUUCGUCGUCACCGGCCUUCUAGCCACUGCCGCUCCUCAUAUCUUCAUUCCAUUUGUUUUGUCUUGUUUAUUACACACACCUGGUUCAUAUCCCCUCAUCAGUACCUGUACAAGUGUUCACUCUGCCCCCUGGUCUUUGUGUGUGAUUGUUUAUUGUAGAGGAGAUUAUAGCUCGGUGGAUCUUGAUUCUAUUGUGUAUCGCUGAGUUAUUCACCCGUCUGCCUUUAUUUCCCAAGUGCGCCGCUUGUCUGCACUGGUGUGUAUUACGCAUUGCUGCGUACCUCUGUUUAUUGAUUAAACCAUUAAUUGCGUGAUUUCCUCUCCUGUGUCAAACGCCGUCCAUCAUCACCCGCUACAAUUGCAGAAUAAAUUAAUAAAACUCUUUGCAAAACAUUCCAGUUAACUAUGACUAACAUGCUCCCUCUACUGCCUAGAAAGGCAUAUAGAAGGUCAUAGUGCAGAACAUUACAGUAUUAGGUAGAAUUACUUAAGAUUGCUUAAGAGAAUUGAUUGCGUUGUAAUAUGAGAAUGCAAGUAACCUGAAAGCUGAUGCGACAUGUAGGUUCAGUCAUAAUCUAACCAUCCAACAGUGGCUUAAACUGUGAACAAGACAGCUGCUUUAAACUGAUCAUUUCUUUGUCAGAUGGAAUGAUUUUACAAAUAAACAUUUUGGAAGCUAAGAGAUCAGCCAUCUUUGAAUUUAUUGUAUCGUGCACACUGACAAAGGUAUUGAUAAUUUUAGCUUUUUCAUGUGCUUUUUUAGAAAUCUGCGUUGUGUUGUCAAAAUAGAAAACACUCAUGCUCAAUAUUUUUUAUAUAAUAAUGUCACUUAAUCAAAUUACGAUAUUCUAUCAAUAACUAUAAUUAUGUGAACCAGAGCUUGGUCAGCGACCUAGCCACUGACCAUUCUUGACCAUUUUCCCUAUGGAUCCCAGGCUUGAGCCAAUCUAUUUGUGUGGCUAUUUUGAAUACAAUAUAGAAAUUGUCCAGUAUUUUAUUCACCACAAUUGAACAAAAUACAAUUAUGUUUCUUUACAUGAAUAUUGGGGAAAAUAAUUAUCUCUCUCUCUCUCUCUCUCUCUCUCUCUCUCUCUCUCUCUCUCUCUCUCUCUCUCUCUCUCAUACAUAGAGUGCAUACACACGUUUGUCACCUCAUUUCAAUUUGGACUGUGGACUGAAUUCAUUCUCAGAGCAUCAGUGAGACAGGAGACAAACAGGGAGAGAGAGACAGAGACUAUAGAGUUACACAGUAUACAUUAUACACCAGCUGUUAUCAUUGAGAUAUGGAGAUAGAAGAGGACAUCUAUGCCAAUGUAGAGGAGGUCAGUGUGAAAGGCUGUGAUGAUCUGGCUGCAGGUUAUGAGACUUUACACCAGAGUCCACAAGCAGUAACAAGUAAGUGUGUUUACAGAUUCUUACACACAUCUUAAUGUAUUUAUUAAGUUUACUUUGCAGGACAAUGCACAAAAAAAACCAUAAGUCUGAGAGGAACCGAGAAAUGAUGCGUCACACCAUAUUUAGUUAAUUGCUACUUUCCAUCUGUAGUCCCUGGGCAGGUGAACAUCUAAUCAUGGAAAUAUUCUAUACAAAACUGACAACAUAAAUACAUCAGACAUUAUAAAAACAGUGAUCAGGACAUAGGGACAUUUAUCAACACAGACGUCAACACAUUGCACUGAGAAAGUGAAACACAUUGCUGUUGCACAGAAAUUGAAAUAUAUGUGUACUCAAAUUAAAGAUGUAUUACAAAUGGAGGGGACAUGGAGGGGACAUAUUGCUAACACUAACAUACUGUGAUGAGGUGAUGUUGAAGGAGUCAGGCGCAGGAGGGUUACGCAGCAAGGCGUCAAAAACGCUCCAAUGCGCAAAACAUGCGCACUGGAAAAUACAAGGCACACAGGAAAAUAUCCUGGCGAUACAAAAUACACGAAGCUCCACCGAGCUUGACUAUCCUCCACAAUAAACAAUCACACACAAAGACAAGGGGGCAGAGGGAACACUUUUACAGGUACUGAUGAGGGGAUAUGAACCAGGUGUGUGUAAUAAACGAGUCAAUAUCACUAUGAGGUGCCUUUGGUGUCCUCAUCAGACUCACUCAGUCAUCAUGAAAAUGUAGCAGAAUAAUGAAAGUCUGAGGUCUUAUUAUAAGUGGCCAAACAUUUGCACACAUAUCAGUAGAAUGAUAAGUCUCUAAAAAAGUGUUUCCUUCAUUUUAUUAAUUUUUUUUAAUUGGAUGUACGUGAUUUUGGCAUGUCCCACACACUGCUCUGCUAACUACAGUGUGUGUAAUAAGUGGUUAAAUGAUACUAAAUCCAAUUUUUUUUUACAUGGUUUUACUGUCCACAAUAAGUUAUUUGAUAAAACAAGUAAUUUUUAUCAUGUAUAUUGUAUUUUCAUAAUCAUAUUGAACAUUUUGCAUGUGUCCCUGAAAUUGCUGUCCACCCUGUCAUUAUGGGGUAACUGCCCCUUUAAGAAACCCACUGAUGUUUUCAGUGACAUCACUACGAGCAUUUUGUCUUUCUUCAAUGAAGGCUGAAGCAGUGUCUAGUUGCAGAGUAAGUAUUUACACUUAUGUUUCAUAAUUUUCAUCAUAUUAUGUGUGUAGUUGGAUGUUGUCAAGCUUAUCAUGUCCACUCUGUCAUAGUGAAAUAUCAAUUGAUAGAAAAACCUAUCAGAACUUUGAAAUAUAUUUGUAAAACAGUACACAGUCAGUUUGCUAACUGUAGUAUGUUGCUAAGUGAAGGUCCACCAUGUGCUCAUUAAAUGCUAACAUUAGCCAAAAAUGUCCACCCUGUCAUUGUCCAUCCUGUCAGCAAGCCUUCCAUGACAGGGUGGACAUGGUUCAUGACAGGAAGGACAUGUGCAUAGUUUAGGCCACAUACUGAUAAUGUUACACAUAUUACAACAGCUAUUACACACAUUUUAUAACAGUACAUGCUAUACAUAGUAAGAAUGGACAAUAUGGACAAUUUCUUUGGCGAUAUCGGUAUCAGCAAACCUAGUUUGAUAAUGCAAGCCUAGUUUACCGGGACUGCCAAUUAAAGUGUGUAAGGGAACAUUUUGAAUCGUCUUUUUCAAGGAAUGAGAUCAAAAGGAGCUGAGAUAGCAAGGAGAUAUCGGGAACGUCGUGAUGCUGACCCAGACAGAAGAAGAAAGUACCUUGAGAAAGAAAGGGUCAAAUGGAAAAAAGACAGAGAGACUGGAAAGAAGAAGGGUGUCAAUGAGCUCAGUGAGAGAGAGAAGAGGGCAAAAAUAAAGAAAUGGAGAGAGGCAAAAAGUCAAGCCAGAGCCAGAAACAGGGCCAGUGCUUUGCUACAGUCAGAGACACCAUCCAACUCCCCUGCUGAAACUCCUGAAAAUCAGCAUGAGCCAGGGCCCUCCAGAUUAGAUCAUUGGAAGUUUAACUGAUGAGACUUAUUAGAAAGUUUAGAUUUAUUUGAAGGACAAUUAUCAACUGUUUAUGUCCCCAUAAAAUGACAUAUUGAUAACUAACUUGCUAAAAAAAAUCCUUACAAAUAUUUUGUGUUUUGUGUGGAACAGCAACUGCAGAACUGAGCCAUGUCUCUGCAGAAAGGGAGAGACUGUUUGGAGAUGCGUCCAAGUGAUCUUUCUGUAAUAUUCUGUUUUUUCAAAUCAACUGUUCUCCACUUAAAAAACAUUUUUCUUCUUGUUCUACAGUUGAAUGUUUGACUUUCACUGUGCAGAAUGAUGUACAGAGUUUAACGCUAGAAGGCCACAUUAAUGUCUCAUUUUGGGCAUCUUUAUUCAGUGGCUGCAUGCAGGUAGAGUGGAUCAAAAACAGUCUGUUCAACUUGUAAUUUCCCCCUACAUGGGAAAAGGCAUUUUUUACAUCAUUUUCUUGCAUUGUUCCUUGCAUUUAUGAGGCCAUUCAAUGACAUUUCACAACGUGUCCACCCUGUCAUGCCCAGGGUCCACCCUGUCAUGUCACUGUCCACUCUGUUAUUUUCAUGUUCUAUGAAAAUAAACAAAUUAUUUUCACAAGUUAGCAAAAUCUUUUGUGUGAUUCCUUUAUAAACAAAUGAGGGCCAAAUAGUAUUGUUUGAAAGUUUGACCAGAUAUCUUUUUUGUUAGAUUUUAUUUAGAAAAGAAAGUGCAACUCUCACAGAUUUUAUAGAGAAACAAAUAGUUUGCCAUAAUUUCAUUAUUAUCCAAAUACUUUUCCCAUAAACUAAAAUAUAUUGUUGAGAAAGUGACUAAAUCGUUUUCUGAAAAUGUACGUUUUAUAAUCACUAUGUAAUUACAAUGUAUUUAUUCUGCUUUGAAAUUGUCCAUGACAGGGUGGACAAAUUUUGCUGUUUGCAUGUAAAUUGUCUGCUUGCAGUUAAUUUAUAAAAAGUGUGGGAGCUUGACCAAUAUGCAUUUCUAACAGCAUAACAUAUACUUAAUAAAAUGAAUAUGAAGUUCAAUGGAAAAUCUCAGCUUUUUGGGGGGGAAAUGGGGAAGUCUCAAAGGCACCUUAUGGUGAUAUUGACCCAAACAAGACAAAACAAAUGGAAUGAUGAGAUGAGGAGCAGCAGUGGCUAGAAGGCCGGUGACGACGACCGCCGAAGCCUGCCCGAACAAGGAGAGGAGGCAGCUUUGGAGGGAGUCGUGACACAUACUGCUAAUACUAAAGGCAUGUAUAAUAUUAUCACCUGUUAUAAGUAUGUAUGAAACGCUGCAAACGCUGCAAUGUUUCUUAAAUCAACAAAUCAAUCAUAAUCAUGUUCAAUAUCAUCAUACAUUGUCUUUCUAUGUCGUAAUGACACAUUUCACACAAAACUAAUUCCUUUUAAAUUGGAACCAAAUUAUUUCAUGGAAAUAGUAGUAGAGGAGGACAGAAUUGGUGUUACUUUCUGUCUGUGUGUGGCUGAAGACCACAGCAUCAGUUCAUCUUGGUAUCAGAACAGCAUUGGUUUAUAAGGGAGAAACUGGUCAGCUGGAAAGACUAAGAUAGAUACAGUAGGACCAAGUCAGGUGUAUGUUACAUUUGCUUCUCUACACGUGCAGGACUGAAACUUGGGAAUCAGAACUGUCAGCCUUACAGACUGGCCUUAGUUUCUCUAGGACUGCUGUGUGUUCUCUUGCUGACCGCAGUCAUAAGUCUAUCUGCACACUGUGAGUAUUCAACAAUCACAGGUGGUAGGGUGUGUGUGUGUGUGUGUGUGUGUAACAAAACAUAAAAUGAUACAUUUGUUCUCUGUUCCAUCACAGAUGGCAAUGACUACAAUCAACCAUACUUCAGAGAAGGAAGAACUUCAGACUAGUUACGAAAACCUGACUAAGGAGAGAGACCAGCUGGAGACUUCUUUCAACGCCUUGAAUAAAGACAGAGACCAGUUACGGACCCAUUUUAACACCUUGAUUGAAGAUAAAUACCAGUUACAAAGGAAAAUGUCAGUGCUGGAAAUAAAUGUUUCAGAAGAAGUGGGUGAGUAUGUAUGUUGCGCUAAUAACUGUGAAUUUGAGUUGAUGUGAAAAAAUUAUAAUGAUAUAUUGAAGUUAUAUGACUGUAUUAACCAAUAUGCUCUCCUUCUGCAGAAUAAUGUCCUGUCAGUUGGAGGAGAUUCAAGUCUAGCUGUUAUUACCUCUCUUAUGAGAAGAAAACCUGGAGUCAGAGAAGAGCAUAAUGUAAUAAUAGAGGAGAGGACCUUGUGAUCAUAAACAGUAGAGACAAACAGGUGAGAGAGAAGGUGAAAGAGAGGGAGAGAGACAGAUACAGACAGACAGAGAUAAUAAACAUACUAACUAUGUUUCCCCCAGGUGUUUCUGAAUAAAUUGGCUAAUAGUCGGAAGUUCUGGAUUAGUCUGACUGAGUCAGUGAAGGAAGGGACCUGGAAAUGGGUAAAUGGAACAACUCUAAUUGCAACAAAGUGAGUAAAAUACAGAUGGAUCUUGUAGAUACUUGUUUAUUGUACUAAAUGCUGAAGACUUAAUAUAAUGUCCCUCUAAACUUGUUGGCUCUUAGGUUCUGGCAACAAGAACAGCCAAAUAAUCAUCUGGGUAGUGAGGAUUGUGUGGUCUUUAACAAUACUUUCAAUACUUCACCCUACUUGGGAUCUAUUCAGUCAUGUGAAUAACAAGCGUUGCUCACAGACUAAUCAAUGGGUAUGCGAAGGCACAUUGAAAGUGUCAUAAUGUACGAUAACAUCCUUUCACUAUAUGAAAAUAUAAUGCAAUGACCUUUUGAGUUAGCAAUAGCUUUAGCAUAGAUUCUUGACUAAAAUCUAAUUUGAAUAAUAACAUAAUAAUCGACAUCAGUACAUUUGAUUUUGGUUUUAUUGAUGUAAUAGAAUGGCAAUUAGUAGUGCAAUUGUAAUAUUAUAGCUAAUGUAGUAUGUACAAGUUAAAUGCACAAUCUUUAAACUAUAAUUUCGUUAAUGUCAGAUGUGAUAAUAUUACACACAUACACUGAGUGUACAAAACAUUAUGAACACCUGCUCUUUGCAUGACAUAGACUGACCAGGUGAAUCCAGGUGAAAGCUAUGAUCCCUUAAUGGUGUCACUUGUUUAAUCCACUGCAAUCAGUGUAGAUGAAGGGGAGGAGACAGGUUAAGAAGGAUUUUUAAGCCUUGAGACAAUUGAGACAUGGAUUGUGUAUGUAUGCAAUGCUACUGGGUUUUUUAUGAUCAACAGUUUCCCGUGUGUUUCAAGAAUGGUCCACCACCCAAAGGACAUCCAGCCAACUUGACACAACUGUGGGAAGCAUUGGAGUCAACAUGGGCCAGCCUCCCAUGCCCCAAUUAAUUGAGGCUGUUCUUAGAGCAAAAGGGGGGUGCAACUCAAUAUUAGGAAGGUGUUCCUAAUGUUUUGUACAGUCAGUGUACAUUUAAAAAGCUAAGAGAACAGUAGUGAGUGAAUUAAUUGUAUCCUACAUUCUUGUAUUAUCGUAUCCUAUUUAUUCAAAAAAUAAAUGCAUUGAUUGUUAAUUUGCUCAUGUGAUUUUUUUUGUUUGUUGCAUAUACGUAUUUGUAAGUCUGUCACCAUAUGAAAUACAACCACGAUUUUUUAAGUUAUACUAAUUAAGUUAUGGCAUGUACAGUAUAUAUUUUUCUGGCCUUUGGGAAACCAACUCACAAGGAUUGGGAGAGAGUGAGUGUGGGUAAUGUUGGCCAAUUCACGUGUGGGCGUAGAGUUGAGGGUCAGUGCACGCUGGGUCAAACAGUAGUUGAAUCACAAUAGUCUCCUUUCCUUCAUCUGAAUUCAUGUGGUUAAAAAACAGGAACUGCUGAAAGCAAAUACAUACACAAUAUUACUUUCACGUAUCCCAUGUUUCAGAUCAGUGCAUUUGAAGCAGAGGAGAGGAAGCAACUGAUGACUAUUGAGAUACACCCGGUGAAGGAGGUUGGCUUCAAGAGAGAGUUUGCAUCUGUGGGUAGUCUACACUAGCGUCCGACCCAGGACAAGGUCAAAUCAUUCAUUUAUUGUAAGGUGAUUUCUGUGAAGCCGUUUGUGUCAGAGCCUGACUUAACAGGAUAGACCUAAACUGUCAGCUAAAACAAUCUGGGACUGGGACUGGACAAAGAGAGGACAGAGAUCCGGUAUGGACACACAUUUGAUGGCACACACACACCAAUGGAUAAUAAUCAGAAAACACAAUCUUUUUCAAUUAUCUGUUUUAAAGUCAAUAUGAAAUUUAACUGAAUUAUAUACACAUUAGUUUGUGUUUCAACUCCACAUUAGGUGAUUAACCUCAUGUUCUAGAAGUUAUGACUGACUGCAAAUUACGCAGCAUUGGGGUUUGCGUGAUCGUGGCCAAAUCUAUGUGCACGAGUACGUACACAGGGAGAGGCUGCGACGCACAGCUUGCCACAACUUUUAAGAACAUGCAAUUUAUUAUUACGUGUGACUAGGUGCAAGGUCCAUUGACGUACAUUUUAAUCUUGCCUUCAAAGUUACAUAAAACGUUAUUGUGCACUAUUUACAGUAAAGCUAAUGCAGACUUGAAAACACACAUAGUCCCGAGCAGGGUUCUUAUGACAAUGUUUCAGUUUGGUUUCCUUGCAUGGCAGUCCCUCUCUCUCACCUCUUACCUAGGCAACAAUCAGUCAUGUGAAUAAUCAGUCUAUCACAGUCACAGACUAGUCACCACCUCUUCUGAAAGUAGUGGAGAGGCCGGCCACUCACCAUAAAUAAGGUACUAACUUUAACGUGUGUGUGUCUGUGUGUAAGUUUAUGUAUGCGCAGUGCUUGACUCAUUUUGGGUGCUGGUACUGUGGUGCAGGUGCUCCCCAAUACUUUUGAGCAAAUAUUCUAUAAGAGGAACAGGAGCUCAAGCACUGGAUGUCUGUGUGUGUGUGUGUGUGUCCAUGCUUGCGUGUGUUUAGGGUUUUUCAAUGCAGCAGUGUGUUGUGAACAUUACUAUCUGGUGGUGGGUGUUAUUAGCAACAUACUUGUUUGAAAAAGUCAAACGUUUCUUGAUAUUGGUUUUACUAAUCCACUUUGAUGCCUUAAUAUCACUCCCCCAUUCUCCCUGUCUCUGUCUCUCUAGCAUUUUCUCUCUGUCCCUCUCUCUCUCUCUCUCUCUCUCGCUGUCUCUCCAACCCCCCUUCUAUCUCUCUAUCCCUACAGUUCAAGAUGGUGCGGUCUGUCAGAGAAGAAGGUAGUCGGCUCAGCACCAUACAAGACCUUAAGGACUUUGGCUUCGGCCGUCCUUCCCCCCGACAAGGACUCAAGCUCCUCUUCUGGUUCGCCAACGAAUGCGUGGCGUUCAAUCACCAUAGCAAAAUGCUGGUACAGUGCCACCCUGAGAGAGGCGACUUCGGCUUCCACUACUUUGGCAACUUCGAGGAGAUUCUCCCAGUUCUAUUGCGAGACCACAGGGAAAGCUACUUCGAGGUGGGCAACCUGAACACAGAGACCUAUUCCAAAGCCAAGGACCUACCGGACUAUGCGAGACAGGAAUACGGGCUAUCCCUGGGAUACCGCUGAUGCAACAAGGACCGCAUCAUCAUCAGGCUGAGGCAGGGGGACGUGACAGCCACCUAUGUCACCGAGCACAAGGGAGUUUGACUCCGAACGCACCCACCUUGUAAAUCUGGAUUUGAUCCGCAUCAUCUGGGACCCUGAGCUGGAGCUUGCGACAUUCCUGGACCAGACGGGCUACAUGGGGCUGUUGCUGAGAGAGUGCCUCCUCAGAGCUUUCAAGGUCUUCAUCUUGUUUGUGGUCUUCCUGGUGAUCACUUCUAUCAUUUUGAGCAUCUUAGGGAAGUUGUAGAGACAGGAGUCUGAUGUUAGCCAUUGUGCGUUUAUAGGUUAAGUACAUAGGUAAUUUGCCAUAGUGUUUUGGUUAGAUAGGUCAUAAGCCCAGUAAAUACAAUAGUUAUUUUAUUUUAUAAAUAGUCAAAUAGUUAUGUUUCAAAUAGUAUGUUAUUAGGUCUAUUUGUAAUAGAUUAUAUAUAUUUUUUUAUUUUUUAUUUUUUAUUUAACCUUUAUUUAACCAGGAAGGGCUCAUUGAGAUUUAAAAUCUCUUUUUCAAGAGCGUCCUGGCCAAGAUAGGCAGCACCAAGUCAUUACAAAAAAUUACAGACAGACAACAUGAAAAACUACAAGUAAUCUAGUAAAAAACCAUUCAUGAAUUCACAAGAGUAUAACAAUAUCAAAAACAGCAAAUUAAAAACAUUGACAGGUCAGGGAAUCAGCCUCAAAAUCCUUCAUCAGAGAUUUAAAAACACCAAUCGGGACAAGUUCUUCCAGUUUAAAAUUAUUUUGUAAGGUGUUCCAAGACGAUGGCGCAGAGUACAUAAAAGACCUUUUACCAAAUUCAGUUCUGACAUUUGGAACAGUUAGCAGGAUAAAGUCCAGUGAACGAAGAGAGUACCCACCACAUUUCUGAACAAUAAAAAUGCCCAAAUAAAAAGGUAGUAAACCCAAAAUGGCUUUGUAAAUAAAAGUAUACCAGUGACUGAGCCUACGAGUGACUAGAGAAGGCCAGCCAACCCUGGUAUGCAAAGUACAGUGGUGCGUAAGGGUUUUGCAGUUUAAAAUAAAUCUCAAAGUACCAUGAUAAAGAGUGUCAAUUGAUCUCAAACACUGAGCGGAAGCAUUCAUAUAUAAAAUAUCCCCAUAAUCUAGUAAAGGCAUAAAUGUAGCUGAUACUAGCCUCCUUCUGGCUUCAAAAGAAAAACAGGCCUUAUUCCUAAAAUAAAAUCCCAAUUUCAGCUUCAAUUUUUUUGUAAGUUGUUGAAUAUGCAAUUUAAAAGAGAGGCCGUCAUCAAUUAGAAUUCCAAGAUAUUUAUAUGAGGUUACAACCUCAAUCUCCUUGCCCUGACAGGUAAUAACAGGUGAAAGGUUCAUAGGUCUAUUUAUUGCAUUAGAAAACACCAUUAGUUUAGUUUUGUCAGUGUUGAGGAUAAGCUUCAAUUGACACAAGGUAUGUUGAACAAUAUAAAAAGCAGUUUGCAAGUUCUGGAAAGCUUUUGUAAGAGAUGAGGCACAACAGUAAAUAACAGUAUCAUCAGCAUAAAAAUGAAGGUUGUGCAUUUUGGACAUUUUUGUCUAAAUCAUUAAUAUAAAUAGUGAAUAAGAGAGGACCAAGUACAGAGCCCUGGGGCACACCAUUCAGGACAGACAAUUUAACAGACAUAAGCCCAUCAAAUUGAGUGCACUGAGUUCUAUCAGACAGAUAGUUAGCAAACCAUGCAACUGCAUGCUCCGAAAGACCUACACUCAACAAUCUCUGCCUUAGUAUAGCAUGAUCAACUGUAUCAAAAGCCUUAGAGAGAUCAAUAAAAAGUGAGACACAGUGCUGUUUUUUGUCAAGGGCUUCAGUGAUAUCAUUUAAAACCUUCAUGGCUGCUGUAAUUGUGCUAUGCUUCUUCCUGAAGCCCGAUUGAUACAUUGAUAAAAUAGAGUUAGUAAAUAAAAACUCUUUUAGCUGUUCACUUACAAGGGUUUCAAGUAUUUUCACCAGGGGUGACAGCUUUGAGAUUGGCCUAUAAUUAUUUAAAAGAGUUGGAUCUCCCCCUUUUAAAAGUGGUAGGACAAAUGCUGAUUUCCAGAUCUUUGGAAUUUCAUUACAUUCCAGGGUUAGAUUGAACAGAUAUGUAAGUGGUUCAGCUAUGAAAUCAGCUGCCAGAUUUAAAAAGCAGGGAUCCAAAAGAUCAGGACCUGCAGGCUUUCUUUGAUCUAAGGAUUUCAGGGCUUUAUGUACCACCUGCACUGAGAAUGGCAGAAAACUAAAAGUUUGACCAGCUCUCACUGGUUCAUCCACACAGGGUUGUACAGAGACAGAGGACACUGGUUCAUCCACACAGGGUUGUACAGAGACAGAGGACACUGAAUCAAACAGCCUACCAGAUGAUACAAAGUGCUCAUUGAAACAAUUCAGCAUUUCAGUUUUGUCAUAUAUAGCAACAGAGUCCUUCAAAACACAUGACGGUAAUUCAUUAACAUUACUGUUACCAGACAUAGACUUAAUAGCAUUCCAAAACUUUCUAGGGUCAUUCAGGUUAUCAGUGGUAACAGACAUAAAAUAUUCAGACUUGGCCUUCCUGAGAAGAAAAGAACACUUGUUUCUUAACUGCCUAAAAAUAAGCCAAUCAGCAUCAGAACAAGAUUUCCUUGCUUUAGCCCAGGCUAGAUUACGGUCGUGAAUAAUACAAGACAGCUCAGAAGAAAACCAUGGAUUAUCCCGCCCUUUAACCCUGAACCUGCGGAAUGGUGCAUGUUUGUUUACUAUUUGGAAAAAACCAUCAUGAAAGAAUAUCCAGGCAGUUUCCACAUCAGGGAUAAGCUCAAUCUUGCUCCAGUCAAAAUAAAACAAAUCAUGAAAGAAAGCCUGCUCAUUAAAACACUUCAAAUUUCUCUUACGAAUAAAACGUGGAUUUGUCUUUGGAACCUUAGUAUUUCUAACAGCAACAACAGCACAAUGGUCACUUAAAUCAUUACAAAAAACACCAACCGCAGAAUAUUUAUGUGGAACAUUUGUCAAUAUCAAAUCAAUCAGGGUAGAUUUAUCAGGGCAUUUAAGAUUUGGGCGAGUGGGUGAAUUAAUCAACUGGGUAAGAUUCAUAGAAUUACAAAACAUUUUUAAAUCAUCAGACACCGGCUUUAACCAACACCAGUUGAGAUCACCAAUCAAGAUCAUUUCACUGUAAAGAAGUUUAGACAUAAGGUGCGUCAAAGAAGAAAAUGCAUCACCAAGAGCAGAGGGGGGUCUAUAACAGCCAAUCACAGUUAUAGAGAGGCCCUUUGAAACCUCAAUAUUCAAAGCAAGAAAUUCCAAUUGUUUACAAAUAGUUUCAGACUUUGCCACACUUACAUGGAAUUUAGAUUUUACAUAUAUAGCCACACCCCCACCUUUCUUAACCCGAUCUGUACGAUAAACAUUGUAACCACUUAUACAAAUAUCCUUAUCAAAAAUAGACUUGCUGAGCCAGGUUUCCGAAAACACAAUUACAUCAGCAUCAGUUGAUUUAGCCCAAAUCCUAACCCCAUCAAUUUUUGACAACAGGCUGCGUACAUUUAAAUGAAAAAUACCAAAACCAGAUCUAGAUUUAAAAUCAGAGGGGGUUUGGAGACAUUGCAUAUCAGGGCCAGGGUUAGGUUGCACGUUACCUGAUAUCAACAACAGAAGAAUAACUAGGCACCUCUGUUUAAUAACCUUGCACGGCUUCUCUUUUUUAAGAGACCUACUGCAAGCGAAUUCUACAAGUGAGUUUCCAGACAAUACAAAACAGUCAUUUAAAACCAUUAGACUUUGGUAGUGACACAAAUUCGUACUGUUCACAUCAUGCCACAAAUACAUCGGCACUUGGACGAGUGGACCGAGUGAAAAAGAGCGAGUUCCUGCAGACAAAAUGUCUAAUGGACGCGAGAGUACAUUUUCAGAUGUACUCACCCUGCGACAAUGUUCGUUUUCUCCAGAGUUCAAUAAAGUCAGUGCACAAAGCAAUACCACGUAAAUUGUCAUUUUCUCUGACCAAAAAACAAGAGGCCAACGAAGGUAAGUGGAGAGAGGGACAGCGUGUAUGUGAGUCAAUGUGAGUGUUUGCGCGUGUGAGUAGAUUGGGUGUUGAGGGCGAUAGAGAGAACGGGUUGAGCUGCCACUGACAGCCAGGCGAAGAGCAAGGAGCAGCUCGGACAAGACACUCCGCACACCAACGAGGAACUCAGGCCAGCCAGAGAUAGGGUUACUUUGGUAAACUUCAAGUAAUGAAGUUCCGAGUUGAGGAGGACCCGUGAUCUUUACACCAGCAAAAAUAAAAUAGUUUGCACUACGCAACAACGAAGUUACGCAACCAUAAAUAAAUAGAUUAUUAGUAGGUUAAAAUGUACUAGUCACAAACAAACGACUUGACAAACGACUUGACAUGCUGCCAUCUUGGAUUUCGUGUAUAUCGGCCUUCUGUUUAAAAACAUGAAUUUACAUGAAUGAAAACUUUUUUUCUGUGAUUAUUUUGAAUAAAAAUCAAAGAAGAAAAGAAGACUAAUUAGCCAAUGUCUCUUGCUGUUGUUUCAUUAUAACAAAAAUCGGAUGUCAUCUCAGGGGAGUAUGACUCCGAACCCCCAGAACGAUCAGGUCCGGACCAGAACACCUGGGACGAUUUGGUUCGGACCACUUGGGAUCCGGAGCAGCACCAGACUAUCGCUGAGACAAAGGUUCACCAGAGUCUUUGUAGUCAUGCUAGUGGUCCUCCUGGUCAUCACUUUGAUCGUUUUGGUCAUCUUAGGGAAGUUGUAGAGAUAGCAGUUAUUGUAGUUGUUGUGCUGCUGUUGGUCCAUCAGGGUUGGGGUCAAUUCUAUUUCAAUUCAGUCAAUUCAGGAAGUAAACUGAAAUUCAAAUUUUUCCUAACGGUAAAGUUUUGAGAAAUUAUUGAAUUGAAAUGGAAUUGAUCCCAACCCUGAGGUCCAUAGAUCAUUUCUCAGGGGUAAAUAAAAUAGUUUUAUUAUGUUUUAUGAUUAUGUUAACUCAAUACUUAUAGCACAUUACUCUUGUAUGUCUUUCUACACUCACACUCGCACUUGUCUUUUCUCACUGGCACUGAUUUUGCGCAGAUUUUCCUUCCAAAGACUGUGAUAUGUGGUUGUCUUUACCUUCCAUAGUCGAAUGCACUGAAUGUAAGUCGCUUUGGAUAAGAGUGUCUGCUAAAUUACUAAAAUGUGAAAUGUAAUGUAAUGUUUUAAAAUAUUUUUGUAAUCGAUAAGAUAUUAUCAGAUUUUUUAUGUGACAAUUUAGAAUAAAAUAAAAAGAAGACAAGUUGAAUAAGACAAGGGCGCAGAGGGAACAAUUUUACAGGUACUGAUGAGGGGAUAUGAACCAGGUGUGUGUAAUAAACAAGACAAAACAAAUGGAAUGAUGAGAUGAGGAGCAGCAGUGGCUAGAAGGCCGGUGACGACGACUGCCGAAGCCUGCCCGAACAAGGAGAGGAGGGAGUCGUGACACAUACUGCUAAUACUAAAGGCAUGUAUAAUAUUAUCACCUGUUAUAAGUAUGUAUGAAACGCUGCAAACGCUGCAAUGUUUCUUAAAUCAACAAAUCAAUCAUAAUCAUGUUCAAUAUCAUCAUACAUUGUCUUUCUAUGUCGUAAUGACACAUUUCACACAAAACUAAUUCCUUUUAAAUUGGAACCAAAUUAUUUCAUGGAAUUAGUAGUAGAGGAGGACAUAAUUGGUGUUACUUUCUGUCUGUGUGUGGCUGAAGACCACAGCAUCAGUUCAUCUUGGUAUCAGAACAGCAUUGGUUUAUAAGGGAGAAACUGGUCAGCUGGAAAGACUAAGAUAGAUACAGUAGGACCAAGUCAGGUGUAUGUUACAUUUGCUUCUCUACACGUGCAGGACUGAAACUUGGGAAUCAGAACUGUCAGCCUUACAGACUGGCCUCAGUUUCUCUAGGACUGCUGUGUGUUCUCUUGCUGACCGCAGUCAUAAGUCUAUCUGUACACUGUGAGUAUUCAACAAUCACAGGUGGUAGGGUGUGAGUGUGUGUGUGUGUGUGUGUGUGUGUGUGUGUGUGUAUAAAGAAACAUAAAAUGAUACAGUUGUUCUCUGCUCCAUCACAGAUUACAAUGACUACAAUCAACCAUACUUCAGAGAAGGAAGAACUUCAGACUAGUUACGAAAACCUGACUAAGGAGAGAGACCAGCUGGAGACUUCUUUCAACGCCUUGAAUAAAGACAGAGACCAGUUACAGACCCAUUUUAACACCUUGAUUGAAGAGAAAUACCAGUUACAAAGGAAAAUGUCAGUGCUGGAAAUAAAUAUUUCAGAAGAACUGGGUGAGUAUGUAUGUUGCGCUAAUAACUGUGAAUUUGAGUUGAUGUGAAAAAAGGAUUAUGAUAUAUUGAAGUUAUAUGACUGUAUUAUCCGAUAUGCUCUCCUUCUGCAGGAUAAUGUCCUGUCAGUUGGAGGAGAUUCAAGUCUAGCUGUUAUUACCUCUCUUAUGAGAAGAAAACCUGGAGUCAGAGAAGAGCAUAAUGUAAUAAUAGAGGAGAGGACCUUGUGAUCAUAAACAGUAGAGACAAACAGGUGAGAGAGAAGGUGAAAGAGAGGGAGAGAGACAGAUACAGACAGACAGAGAUAAUAAACAUACUAACUAUGUUUUCCCCAGGUGUUUCUGAAUAAAUUGGCUAAUAGUCGGAAGUUCUGGAUUAGUCUGACUGAGUCAGUGAAGGAAGGGACCUGGAAAUGGGUAAAUGGAACAACUCUAAUUGCAACAAAGUGAGUAAAAUACAGAUGGAUCUUGUAGAUACAACUCUACGUGUGGGCGUAGAGUUGAGGGUCAGUGCACGCUGGGUCAAACAGUAGUUGAAUCACAAUAGUCUCCUUUCCUUCAUCUGAAUUCAUGUGGUUAAAAAACAGGAACUGCUGAAAGCAAAUACAUACACAAUAUUACUUUCACGUAUCCCAUGUUUCAGAUCAGUGCAUUUGAAGCAGAGGAGAGGAAGCAACUGAUGACUAUUGAGAUACACCCGGUGAAGGAGGUUGGCUUCAAGAGAGAGUUUGCAUCUGUGGGUAGUCUACACUAACGUUCGAACCAGCACAAGGUCAGAUCAUUCAUUUAUUGUAAGGUGAUUUCUGUGAAGCCGUUUGUCUCAGAGCCUGACUUAACAGGAUAGACCUAAAGUGUCAGCUAAAACUAUCUGGGACUGGGACUGGACAAAGAGAGGACAGAGAUCCGGUAAGGACACACAUUUGAUGGCACACACACACCAAUGGAUAAUAAUCAGAAAACACAAUCUUUUUCAAUUAUCUGUUUUAAAGUCAAUAUGAAAUUCAACGGAAUUAUAUACACAUUAGUUUGUGUUUCAACUCCACAUUAGGUGAUUAACCUCAUGUUCUAGAAGUUAUGACUGACUGCAAAUUACGCAGCAUUGGGGUUUGCGUGAUCGUGGCCAAGUCUAUGCGCACGAGUACGUACACAGGGAGAGGCUGCGACGCACAGCUUGCCACAACUUUUAAGAACAUGCAAUUUAUUAUUACGUGUGACUAGGUGCAAGGUCCAUUGACAUACAUUUUAAUCUUGCCUUCAAAGUUACAUAAAACGUUAUUGUGCACUCACAGUAAUUUACAGUAAAGCUAAUGCAGACUUGAAAACACACAUAGUCCCGAGCAGGGUUCUUAUGACAAUGUUUCAGUUUGGUUUCCUUGCAUGGCAGUCCCUCUCUCUCACCUCUUACCUAGGCAACAAUCAGUCAUGUGAAUAAUCAGUCUAUCACAGUCGCAGACUAGUCACCACCACUUCUGAAAGUAGUGGAGAGGCCGGCCACUCACCAUAAAUAAGGUACUAACUUUAACGUGUGUGUGUCUGUGUGUAAGUUUAUGUAUGCGCAGUGCUUGACUCAUUUUGGGUGCUGGUACUGUGGUGCAGGUGCUCCCCAAUACUUUUGAGCAAAUAUUCUAUAAGAGGAACAGGAGCUCAAGCACUGGAUGUCUGUGUGUGUAUGUGUGUGUGUGUGUGUGUGUGUCCAUGCUUGCGUGUGUGUAGGGUUUUUCAAUGCAGCAGUGUGUUAUGAACAUUACUAUCUGGUGGUGGGUGUUAUUAGCAACAUACUUGUUUGAAAAAGUCAAACGUUUCUUGAUAUUGGUUUUUCUAAUCUACUUUGAUGCCUGAAUAUCACUCCCCCAUUCUCCCUGUCUCUGUCUCUCUAGCAUUUUCUCUCUGUCCCUCUCUCUCUCUCUGUCCCUCUCUCUCUCUCUCUCUCUCUCUCUCUCUCUCUCUCUCUCUCUCUCUCUCUCUCUCUCUCUCUCUCUCUCUCUCUCUCUCUCUCUCUCUCUCUCUCUCUCUCUCGCUGUCUCUCCAACCCCCCUUCUAUCUCUCUAUCCCUACAGUUCAAGAUGGUGCGGUCUGUCAGAGAAGAAGGUAGUCGGCUCAGCACCAUACAAGACCUUAAGGACUCUGGCUUCGGCCGUCCUUCCCCCCGACAAGGCCUCAAGCUCCUCUUCUGGUUCGCCAACGAAUGCGUGGCGUUCAAUCACCAUGGCAAAAUGCUGGUACAGUGCCACCCUGAGAGAGGCGACUUCGGCUUCCACUACUUUGGCAACUUCGAGGAGUUUCUCCCAGUAAAAUUGCGAGACCACAGGGAAAGCUACUUCGAGGUGGGCAACCUGAACACAGAGACCUAUUCCAAAGCCAAGGACCUACCGGACUAUGUGAGACAGGACUACGGGCUAUCCCUGGGCUACCGCUGAUGCAACAAGGACCGAAUCAUCAUCAGGCUCAGGCAAGGGGACGUGACAGCCACCUAUGUCACCGAGCACAAGGGAGUUUGACUCCGAACGCACCCACCUUGUAAAUCUGGAUUUGAUCCGCAUCAUCUGGGACCCUGAGCUGGAGCUUGCGACAUUCCUGGACAAGACUGGCUACAUGGGGCUGUUGCUGAGAGAGCGCCUCCUCAGAGCUUUCAAGGUCUUCAUCUUGUUUGUGGUCUUCCUGGUGAUCGCUUCUAUCAUUUUGAGCAUCUUAGGGAAGUUGUAGAGACAGGAGUCUGAUGUUAGCCAUUGUGCGUUUAUAGGUUAAGUACAUAGGUAAUUUGCCAUAGUGUUUUGGUUGGUUAGGUCAUAAGCCCAGUAAAUACAAUAGUUAUAUUAUUUUAUAAAUAGUCAAAUAGUUAUGUUUCAAAUAGUCUCCCGAGUGGCGCAGUGGUCUAAGGCACUGCAUCGCAGUGCUAGCUGUGCCACUAGAGAUUCUGGUUUGAAUCCAGGCUCUGUCGUAGCCAGCCGUGACCGGGAGACCCAUGGGGCGGCAGGGAUCAGGUCCGGACCAGAACACCUGGGAUGAUUUGGUUCGAACCAUUUGGGAUCCGGAGCAGCACCAGACCACGUCCCAGUUGGGACUAUUGCUGAGACAACGGUUCACCAGAGUCUUUGUAGUCAUGUUAGUGGUCCUCCUGGUCAUCACUUUGAUGGUUUUGGUCAUCUUAGGGAAGUUGUAGAGAUAGCAGUCAUUGUAGUUGUUGUGCUGCUGUUGGUCCAUCAGGGUUGGGGUCAAUUCUAUUUAAAUUCAGUCAAUUCAGGAAGUAAACUGAAAUUCAAAUUUUUCCUAACGGUAAAGUUUUGAGAAAUGAUUGAAUUGAAAUGGAAUUGAUCCCAACCCUGAGGUCCAUAGAUCAUUUCUCAGGGGUAAAUAAAAUAGUUUUAUUAUGUUUUAUGAUUAUGUUAAAUCAAUACUUAUAGCACAUUACUCUUGUAUGUCUUUCUACACUCACACUCGCACUUGUCUUUUCUCACUGGCACUGAUUUUGCGCAGAUUUUCCUUCCAAAGACUCCUGAGUGGCGCAGUGGUCUAAGGCACUGCAUCGCAGUGCUAACUGUGCCACUAGAGAUCCUGGUUUGAAUCCAGGCUCUGUCGCUGCUGGCUGCGACCGGGAGACUCAUGGGCGGCGCACAAUUGGCCCAGCGUCGUCCGGGGUAGGGGAGGGAAUGGCCGGCAGGGAUGUAGCUCAGUUGAUAGAGCAUGGCGUUUGCAAUGCCAGGGUUGUGGGUUCGAUUCCCACGGGGGGCCAGUAUAAAAAAAAUAUAUGUAUUCACUAACUGUAAGUCGCUCUGGAUAAGAGCGUCUGCUAAAUGACUAAAAUGUAAUAUGUGGUUGUCUUUACCUUCCAUAGUCGAAUGCACUGAAUGGAAGUCGCUUUGGAUAAGAGCGUCUGCUAAAUUAUGUUUUCAAAUAUUUUUGUAAUCGAUAAGAUAUUAUCAGAUUUUUUAUGUGACAAUUUAGAAUAAAAUAAAAAGAAGACAAGUUGAAUAAUUUGUCUUUAUUUCAACUCUGUGAUAUAUCUCUGUUCUUUAUACCAUAGGGAACAGAAACCUCUCUAAUACACACACACACACACACACACACAAACACACACACACACACACACACACACACACACACACACACACACACACUACAUAAACACCUGGCCUUUGUCACCUCUCUCUCUCUCUCUCUCUCUCUCUCUCUCUCUCCUCUCUCUCUCUCUCUCUCACACACAUAUAAAGUGCAUAAACACUUUUUCUCACCUCAUUGCAAAUUGGACUGUAGGGACAUUCAGAGCAUCUGUGAGACAAGACAGCAUACUAAGACAGAGAGACAGAGACUAUACACACAAUACCACUUAUCGUCAUCAUUGAGAUAUGGAGAUAGAAUGUAGAGGAGGUCUGUGUUAAAGGCUAUGAUGAUCUGGCUGCAGGUUAUGAGACUUUACACCAGAGUCCACAGGCUGGAACAAGUAAGUGUGUUUUACAGACAAUAAUGACUGAGAAGUACAUUUUGAUAUGAGUACACUCCAACGUAAAGGUAUUUAAAUACAUCCGAGUGAGGAUGAAAGCCUCAGAUCCAGACACCUCCGAAUAUUCUCCACAUGGGCCAAAUAGCAAUUUAAAUCAGUAUGAUAAAUGGUCCCCCUUGUUGUGCAAAAUGUCAUCUCGAUUCAGCUGGGGAUCAACUAAAAUACAAUCCAGAGUGCUCCGAAAUCUAAUUCACAUAUAAAUGCGACAGUACUUUAUUGUCCCACAGCGGUCAUAGACUAGGGGAAAAGCGAUGGAAACAAACGCUAAUGAAAUGUUUGAUUUUGCAAGUUGUCAUAUGCAGAUCAAUUAGGUAACUUAAGAUGCUUAGAGAAUUGAUUGCGUUGUAAUAUGAGAAUGCAAGUAACCUGAAAGCUGAUGCGACAUGUAGGUUCAGUCAUAAUCUAACCAUCCAACAGUGGCUUAAACUGUGAACAAGACAGCUGCUUUAAACUGAUCAUUUCUUUGUCAGAUGGAAUGAUUUUACAAAUAAACAUUUUGGAAGCUAAGAGAUCAGCCGUCUUUGAAUUUAUUGUAUCGUGCACACUGACAAAAGUAUUGAUAAUUGUAGCUUUUUCAUGUGCUUUUUUAGAAAUCUGCGUUGUGUUGUCAAAAUAGAAAACACUCAUGCUCAAUAUUUUUUAUAUAAUAAUGUCACUUAAUCACAUUACGAUAUUCUAUCAAUAACUAUAAUUAUGUGAACCAGAGCUUGGUCAGCGACUUAGUGUCAAGGCCGGGCGUAGGUGUGGUGUGGAAUCAAUUGCAGGAUGCAGAUGCAAGUCCAAAAACACUUUAAUAAAGUCCACAGAAACAACGGCUAUAAACAGAGCCGGUUGAACAAGGGAAAAAUAAACGCACUCAGCGUAAAAGUACAACAAACGCACAACGUGCGGACUCUCUAAUAACAUAGAGCACAAACUGACUGGCAACACCUGCUGACAUAGAACAACUACACACAACCACAAGACAGAAACAAAUAAAACUUAAAGGACACAUAAUCAAGACGAAAUGAGCAACAGGUGUAACAAAUCAGACCAAACCAAACACACAGACACAACGAACGGUGGCAGCUAGUACUCCGGGGACGACGACCGCCGAAGCCUGCCCGAACAAGGAGAAGGAGCAGCCUCGGCCGAAACCGUGACAGUACCCCCCCCUUGACGCGCGGCCCCAGCCGUGCGGCGACCCCGGCCUCGGGGACGACCUGGAGGACGCGGAGCAGGGCGCGUGGGAUGACCACGAUGGAACUCAGUCAGAAGAGACGGGUCUAAGAUAUCUCUCCUCGGCACCCAGCACCGCUCCUCCGGACCGUACCCCUCCCACUCCACGAGAUAUUGGAGACCCCCCAUCCGGCGUCUCGAAUCCAGGAUGGACCGAACUGUGUACGCCGGAGCCCCCUCGAUGUCCAGCGGGGGCGGAGGAGUCUCUGCUAUCUCACACUCCUGGAGUGGACCAGCUACCACCGGCCUGGAGGGACUCCCCAGAGCGUGGCCUGCCGUCUCUCCCCCUAGGAGACCCCCCCCAGCACCUGGCCGCAGUGUGUCCUCCACGGCCACAGUAGGUACAGGGGUUGGUUCCCCUGGGGCUCCUUCUCCUCUCCUCUCCAGCGCCAGCACCCCCGAGCUCCUUAGGACUAGGCUCGGAGGUGCUGGAGGGUGGAAUGGACGACCCCCACUCAGGACGUCCGCGGGUGGCCAACAGGGUGUCGAGGCGAAUGGCCAUGUCAACUAACUGGUCAAACGUGAGGGUGGUGUCCCUGCAGGCCAACUCACGACGGACGUCCUCCCGUAGGCUGCAGCGGAAGUGGUCUAUGAGGGCCCGCUCAUUCCACCCUGCGUCUGCCGCUAGAGUCCGGAACUCCAGUGCAAAAUCCUGUGCGCUCCUCUUCCCCUGUCGGAGUAGAAUAGACGUUCUCCCGCCGCCUUCCCCUCAGGUGGAUGGUCGAAUACAGCCCUGAAGCGACGGGAGAACUCUGCAUAGGUGAUCGUCGCGGGGUCUAUUCUCCUCCAUUCGGCGUUGGCCCACUCCAACGCCUUGCCGGUGAGACAGGAGAUGAGGGCCGAAACGCUCUCGUGUCCCGAGGGCACCGGGUGUACGGUGGCGAGGUAGAGUUCUACUUGUAGGAGGAAACCUUGACACCCGGCAGCGGUACCAUCAUACGCCCUCGGGAGCGAGAGCCGAAUCCCACUGGGUUCCGGAGCAUGGACUAAGGGACUGACCGGUGCUGGUGGUACUGUGGGAGGAGGCGUGGGUGCCCAACUGGUCUCCAGGCGAUGCAGGGUAUUAUUACUCCUUGUAAUGCGUUGGUGAUCUGGGCUAUCCUGUAAUCCUGUCCGCGGACGCGCUCCUCCCAUGACUCGGUCGCUGCUGCUGCUCCUGCUGAUUCCAUGAAUGGUGUGUAGUUCUGUUAAGGCCGGGCGUAGGUGUGGUGUGGAAUCAAUUGCAGGAUGCAGAUGCAAGUCCAAAAACACUUUAAUAAAGUCCACAGAAACAACGGCUAUAAACAGAGCCGGUUGAACAAGGGACAAAUAAACGCACUCAGCGUAAAAGUACAACAAACGCACAACGUGCGGACUCUCUAAUAACAUAGAGCACAAACUGACUGGCAACACCUGCUGACAUAGAACAACUACACACAACCACAAGACAGAAACAACGAGAACUUAAAGGACACAUAAUCAAGACGAAAUGAGCAACAGGUGUAACAAAUCAGACCAAACCAAACACACACGACACAACGAACGGUGGCAGCUAGUACUCCGGGGACGACGACCGCCGAAGCCUGCCCGAACAAGGAGAAGGAGCAGCCUCGGCCGAAACCGUGAUACCUAGCCACUGACCAUUCUUGACCAUUUUCCCUAUGGAUCCCAGGCUUGAGCCAAUCUAUUUGUGUGGCUAUUUUGAAUACAAUAUAGAAAUUGUCCAGUAUUUUAUUCACCACAAUUGAACAAAAUACAAUUAUGUUUCUUACAUGAAUAUUGGGGAAAAGAAUCCUCUCUCUCUCGCUCUCUAUCUCUCUCAUACAUAGAGUGCAUACACACGUUUGUCACCUCAUUUCAAUUUGGACUGUGGACUGAAUUCAUUCUCAGAACAUCAGUGAGACAGGAAACAAACAGGGAGAGAGAGACAGAGACUAUAGAGUUACACAGUAUACAUUAUACACCAGUUGUUAUCAUUGAGAUAUGGAGAUAGAAGAGGACAUCUAUGCUAAUGUAGAGGAGGUCAGUGUGAAAGGCUGUGAUGAUCUGGCUGCAGGUUAUGAGACUUUACACCAGAGUCCACAGGCUGGAACAAGUAAGUGUGUUUACAGAUUCUUACACACACAUUUCUUAAUUUAUUCAUUAAACAAAUGGGGGAAAAAUGAUUCGGAAUGGUUCUGACGAACAGAAGAAGGAAGGGCUAUGGAAAUGGGUGGAUUGGAACAACACCAACCACAAACAGUGAGGGAAAAGACAGAGAACAAUCAAUUACAAUGCAGCAGGCACCAGUAACCAAUGAUCACUAGUUUUUCUCUUGGGUUUGACUGUUAACUGAACUGGUUGGUUCUUAGAUUCUGGAGAGAAGAGAGCCAAAUAAUGCCCAGGGGGAUGAGAACUGUGCAGUCUUUAACAGCUUCAGCGAUAACCUGGGAAAUUAUACAAUCAUGGAAUGACCAGCCUUGCCUCAUUGCUUAUCCAUUGGGUAUGCAAACUACACACCUAAAGUGUCCUCCUAAUAGGGCCCUACACAUCAUGAUGCAUCUGCCCACCAGGAGAAAUACUGAAUUACCAAAAACUAAGCAGUGCAUGCUCCUACAAGUUGAUGAUGACAAGCCUGCCAGGGAAAACGGAUGACCCAUAACACAUGUAAAAAAGCCCCCACUAAUUAGCUAACGAUUAAAAUUAAUGAAAGUUAAAAUUGAAUCUACGUCAGACGUUAAUUCUUCAAGUCGGCUGUUUUGGCAUGUGUUUUGGAUAAUCUGAAUACCCUUUUGAAUUUGCAAUUGCGUUUAGAUUUGCUCUUACAUUAAGGUUAAUCCUUCCUGGCAUUUCAGUAGUAGCACAUAUUGCUGUCACGACUUCCUCCAAAGCUGCCUCCUCUCCUUGUUCGGGCAGGCUUUGGCGUUCGUCGUCACCGGCCUUCUAGCCACUGCCGCUCCUCAUAUCUCCUUCCAUUUGUUUUAUCUUGUUUAUUACACCACACCUGGUUCAUAUCCCCUCAUCAGUACCUGUAUAAGUGUUCCCUCUGCCCCCUUGUCUUUGUGUGUGAUUGUUUAUUGUAGAGGAGAUAUUGUGUAUUGCUGGGUUAUUCACCCGUCUGCCUUUAUUUCCCAAGUGCGCCGUUUGUCCGCACUGGUGUGUAUUACGCAUUGCUGCGUACCUCUGUUUAUUGAUUCAACUAUUUAUUCGUGAUUUCCUCUCCUGCGUCUGACGCCGUCCAACAUCACCGCUACAAUUGCAGAAUAAAUUAUUAAAACUCUUUGCAAAACAUUCCAGUUAACUAUGACUAACAUGCUCCCUCUACUGCCUAGAAAGGCAUAUAGAAGGUCAGUGCAGAACAUUACAGUAUUAGGUAGAAUUACUUAAGAUUGCUUAAGAGAAUUGAUUGCGUUUUAAUAUGAGAAUGCAAGUAACCUGAAAGCUGAUGCGACAUGUAGGUUCAGUCAUAAUCUAACCAUCCAACAGUGGCUUCAACUGUGAACAAGACAGCUGCUUUAAACUGAUAAUUUCUUUGUCAGAUGGAAUGAUUUUACAAAUAAACAUUUUGGAAGCUAAGAGAUCAGCCAUCUUUGAAUUUAUUGUAUCGUGCACACUGACAAAAGUAUUGAUAAUUUUAGCUUUUUCAUGUGCUUUUUUAGAAAUCUGCGUUGUGUUGUCAAAAUAGAAUACACUCAUGCUCAAUAUUUUUUAUAUAAUAAUGUCACUUAAUCAAAUUACGAUAUUCUAUCAAUAACUAUAAUUAUGUGAACCAGAGCUUGGUCAGCGACCUAGCCACUGACCAUUCUUGACCAUUUUCCCUAUGGAUCCCAGGCUUGAGCCAAUCUAUUUGUGUGGCUGUUUUGAAUACAAUAUAGAAAUUGUCCAGUAUUUUAUUCACCUCAAUUGAACAAAAUACAAUUAUGUUUCUUUACAUUAAUAUUGGUGAAAAUAAUCUUCUCUCUCUCUCUCUCUCUCUCUCUCUCUCUCUCUCUCUCUCUCUCUCUCUCUCUCUCUCUCUCACAUAUAAAGUGCAUAAAUACUUUUUCUCACCUCAUUGCAAUUUGGACUGUAGGGACAUUCAGAGCAUCGGUGAGACAAGACAGCAUACUAAGACAGAGAGACAGAGACUAUACACACAAUACAUCUUAUCGUCAUCAUUGAGAUAUGGAGAUAGAAGAGGACAUUUAUGCCAAUGUAGAGGAGGUCUGUGUUAAAGGCUAUGGUGAUCUGGCUGCAGGUUAUGAGACUUUACACCAGAGUCCACAGGCUGGAACAAGUAAGUGUAUUUUACAGACAAUAAUGACUGAGAAGUACAUUUUGAUAUGAGUACACUCCAACGUAAAGGUAUUUAAAUACAUCCGAGUGAGGAUGAAAGCCUCAGAUCCAGACACCUCCGAAUAUUCUCCACAUGGGCCAAAUAGCAAUUUAAAUCAGUAUGAUAAAUGGUCCCCCUUGUUGUGCAAAAUGUCAUCUCGAUUCAGCUGGGGAUCAACUAAAAUACAAUCCAGAGUGCUCCGAAAUCUAAUUCACAUAUAAAUGCGACAGUACUUUAUUGUCCCACAUCGGUCAUAGAGCUGAGGGGAUAGCAGAUGUAAACAGUGGGCCUAAGGGGCAAAGUAGCUUUAAAAUAAGUACUCUGGCUACAAUAUCAAUAUAAAUAAGUUUAUUAUCAUCAUUAAUGAGAAACGGUGAGGCAAUUAGUGGAAAGGGACGUAAUUUUUGGAGGGACUUAAACAUUUUCAAGCAUUAUCUUUAAAUGUUUAUAUAUAAUUUGUAUAGAAAUGAGAGUAGAGGAGGACAGAAAUACAUUUUACCCAACUUUCUGUCCUGAUGGGGUUGAAGACCACAAGACUCAGUUCCUCUUGGUAUAAGAGCAUUGGUUUGUGAGGUGAUUGUAACCACUUGUUUCUCUACAUCUGCAGGACUGAAGCGUGGGAAUCAGAACUCUCCUCCUUGGAGGCUGGCUACAGUUUCUCUGGGCCUGCUGUGUGUUCUCUUACUGAUCACAGUCAUAAGCCUCUCUGUGCAUGUGAGUAUUCAACGCACAUGUGUGCCUGCAUGUGUAUUUAUGUGUGUGUUUGUGAAUGUGUGUGUAUGUGUGUGCAUGUGUGUGCAAAAAAUAUUGUUGGUGUGCGCUCUCUUUUCUUUUCAAUCACAGAUGAUGAACCCUAUAAUGAACUGUCCAGACUCCAGACUUCAUACAACAACCUGACUGAGGAGAAACUCCAGUUACAGAGGACAGUUUCAGAGCAGGAGAAGAAGAUAUCAGAGCUUGGUAAGUAUGCUGUUGUAAGAAUGUGAAUGUAGGGGAUUGAGUAUGAUAUUAUGAUCAGUAGCAAAUGUUCUGUAUUAUAUAAAUAUGGUAUAUAACAAUUGGUCUGUAUACCUGAAUUAGCUGUACUCAUUCUCUUUCUAUAGGACCCUGUCCUGAUUGUUGGAGGAGAAUCAGAUGUAGUUGUUAUUACUUGUCUAAUAACAGUAAAACUUGGAGUGAGAGCAGACAAGACUGCAGAGAGAGAGGAGCAGACCUGGUGAUCAUAAACAGCAGAGAGGAACAGGUUUGUAUGUGGGUGCGUGAGAGAGAGAGAGAGAGAGAGAGAGAGAGAGAGAGAGAGAGAGACUAA